AUGUGGACAACCAACUCUGGCCUCCGGGGCAGGAGGCUUCACUGGGCCAUCACUUUCACCUCCGUCGUCGGUUUCUCCCUCUUUGGGUACGACCAGGGUUUGAUGUCCGGUAUUCUACAAGGCAAAUCCUUUGUCAAGCAAUUCCCGAUCCUCAAUAAAGACCUUCCUGGUAACGACGAGGACCAUGUCUCGGUCCUGCAGGGUGCUGUCAAUUCUUGCUACGAACUGGGAUGCUUCUUUGGUGCUAUCUUCACUCUCUGCUUUGGUCAGCGUACUGGUCGUACUCCUUUGCUGGUUACUGGUGGUUCUCUCAUGGUGGUCGGUACAAUUCUUUCUACUGCUGCCUAUGGCGAGUCCUGGGGUCUAGGUCAAUUCGUGAUUGGCCGUGUAGUUUCCGGUCUUGGAAACGGUAUGGACACUGCCACCAUCCCUGUCUGGCAAUCUGAGUGUUCUAAGGCCCAUAACCGGGGCUUUCUUGUUUGUUUCGAGGGCGCCAUAAUUGCUGUUGGCACCCUUAUUUCAUAUUGGAUCGAUUUUGGUUUAUCAUAUACGGAGAGCUCUGUUCAGUGGAGGUUCCCUGUUGCCUUCCAGAUCUUGUUCGCUAUCUUUGUCAUAAUUGGUGCCCUUAUGCUACCGGAGUCACCUCGUUGGUUUAUUAUGCAGGGUAAAGACCAGGAGGCUCUCUAUGUUAUGGCCCAGCUUAACGAUAGUUCUGAGGAUGCUGAGGAUGUCCUACGUGACUUUAACCUGAUGAAGGCUGAUAUGAAGGCUGCUGAGGCACAGGAGUCCAACAGCAGUUGGAAGACUCUCUUUACCUUCGGCAAGACCCAGGAGUUCCAGCGUAUGAUGAUAGGUUGCUCGGGCCAGUUCUUCCAACAAUUUACUGGUUGUAACGCCGCUAUCUAUUACUCUACUCUUCUUUUCGAGAAUAACCUGCAUAUGGAUCAUAAGAUGGCGAUGAUUAUUGGCGGUGUUUUUGCUACUGUCUAUGCUAUCGCCACUAUUCCUUCAUUUGUCAUGGUUGAAAAGGUUGGUCGUCGCAACUUGUUCCUGAUUGGUUUCCUUGGGCAAGGUCUUUCUUUUAUCAUUACUAUGGGUUGCCUAGUCCGUGACAACACCCAGAAUGCUAAGGGUGCUGCUGUGGGUAUCUUCCUAUUUAUCAUCUUCUUCGCCUUUACUACGCUACCGUUGCCUUGGAUCUAUCCUCCCGAGAUCAAUCCUCUUCGCACCCGUACCAUGGCAGCAGCGGCUUCCACUUGCACCAACUGGAUUAACAACUUCGCCGUUGUCAUGUUCACCCCCGUUUUCGCAAGCAGGAGCGCAUGGGGCCUUUACCUGUUCUUCGCCCUUGUCAACUUUACCGCGAUCCCCUUCGCCUACUUCUUUUAUGUCGAGACUGCCGGCCGUGAUUUGGAAGAGGUUGACGUUAUCUUUGCCAAAGCCCACGUCGAGAAGAAGUGGCCCUUCCAAAUCGCUAAUGAGCUGCCUAAGCUCACCGUCGAGCAAAUCAGCGAGAUGCAAGUCGAGCUUGGCUUGACUACCACCGACCACCACGCCACUGAGUCUGAGAAGGUCGAGAUGGCAACUAGCAGCGGCGAGAGCGAGAACAGGCAUGCUUUGGAUUAA